GUUUCAAUAGCUUCAAUGGUGCUUCUUCUUCCCCGACAUUUCUACUUCUCUCUCUUUUCAAUUACCUUGCCGCCAUUGCAGAGCUGAUUCAAUUGCCAUUUCCAUUUUUAUUAUUAUGAACAAAGGCAUUGGUGGUGGAACUGGUCCCACCGCAGCGGCUGCUGCGGCGGCAGCUCAGAAACAGAAACUGCUUCUUCAGAGAGUCGAAACCGAUAUAGCCAACAUUGUCGACAAUUUCACCCAUCUUGUCAACGUCUCUAGGGUGAACGAUCCACCUGUUAGGAAUUCACAGGAAUCUUUCAUGAUGGAAAUGCGUGCGUCCAGAAUGGUUCAGGCAGCUGAUUCUCUGCUUAAGUUGGUUUCAGAACUUAAGCAGGCAGCAAUCUUUUCUGGAUUUGCUUCACUAAACGACCACGUGGAGCAAAGAAUCGUGGAAUUCAAUAUGCAGGCGGAGCAGACCGACCGUAUCCUAUCUAAAAUUGGUGAAGAAGCUGCUGUAGGGCUUAAGGAGCUUGAAUCUCAUUAUUAUUCUUCAACACAGAGGACUUGUCAGAACAGCCUGACAUGAUUUGUUGUCUAGCAGCCAUUCCAGCUGCAUUGCUAGUUCUGUCUCGACCAAUGGUUUCAUCACUUAGCUCUGGUGGUCUUGGUGGUCUUAGUGAGGGCAAUCUCCCUGUGCCCUAAUCUUCUCCAUCUUAGUCACCGUCGUCUGUGCCCUUAUGAAGGCCGCCAUGGCUGGAAUUCUUGUCAAAUGUGUUAAUGUUGGGAAAAUGAGAUUAUGCAUAGCUCGGUGGUGUUUUCUUUUGAGAAUGAAUCUUUUUAUUGACCGAAUUCGUCUCCAAAUAUGAAAAUUAUUAGAUUUUUUUAGUA